UAUAAAGUUAUGGGUAUGUCUAUGUUUCAUUCAAUCUACUGUGAAUUUUCCCGCUCAAAAAAGCAAAGUUUUAUAACUUUAAUAGUACCAAAACUGUAACAUAGUGUUAAAAAUGUCUAAAACAGAAUAUCAUCAUUUAUUUAAAGCUCUGGACGACAUGAAUAAGUGUUUAUUCUGUGUAGAAUGCCAUCAGUUUUGCAAAAAUCCAGUGACGCUAAGUAAAUGUUUCCAUUUGAUCUGCUCCGAGCAUUUUCAAAGUAUGUCUCAUUGUCCGAAGUGUAAAGUGUCUCUAGAAGGCUGUACAACUUGGUCGGACGACAAAUUGAAUGUUGCAGUUCACGCCGCGAAGAACUUGACGGCAAUGAUCGAGCCUUUCAAAGAAAAUAUUUUUUGUGAUUCUGUCGUCUCUGUCGACGAAUCGCCCGACAUGGAUAUGGUUGCUAAAACCAGUGAAUCUUUAUCUGACAAGCCUUUAUCUAAUGCUAAAGCUCCUAAACGAACUGCUGCCUCCAAACAAGAUAUUUUAAAUAAUUCGACAUUAUCUCUAGCUUCUAAUGUAUCUUUUCUAAGUAAAAUAGCGGAGAAAAUAAACAACAAAGGUGAGACAGCGUUACACAUAGCCUGUAGAAUGGGAAAAGCUGAUAAACUAGCCAAACUGUUGAGCGAAGGAGCGAGUACCAAUACUAAAGAUAAUGCUGGCUGGACUCCGUUGCAUGAGGUUGUGCAGAACGGCCGGCAGGACUUGGUCAGGCUUUUACUGAGACACAAUACGCUGGUUAAUGUGCCAGGGCAGGGCAAUGAAACUCCGCUGCAUGAAGCCAUUCGGUACAACCACAUAGACAUUGCGAAAGAUCUAGUUGCUCAUGGAGCUGAUAUUAAUGCUAGAAACUGUAAAGGAGAGACACCACUAACCCUUGCUGCUCCUGAUAUAAGAGUUAUUAUACAAGAUGCUGCUGCAAAAAGAAUUAUAACAGAAGAUAGUUUUGAUUUUGAACUUAUACAUAGGCAGAUUGAACUGGAUCGUGAAGAUAUUAGGGUUUACUGUGUGUCACAGUCUCAUGCCAUCACUAAUAAGCUGAGAGCCCUAACAAAACAUCACAGCAAUCUCCGUGUUGAACUAAAAUUUAGUAAUAAAGUAACACAUCUCAUAGUUGAUGCUGAAGAUGGCAUCUGUGACUCCAGCCUUGAAGUCCUACAAGGCAUUGUCAAUAACCUGUGGAUUUUAACUACAAAAUGGGUGACUGCAUCUACCGAUGAUAACUUAGAAUCCUUUGAAGAGUAUGAAGUGCUUGGUGUCGGUACAACUACAUACAGAGGCCCAAAAAACGCUCGGUACAACAAAUAUAAGCAUUUGCCUGGAAUUUUCAACGGCUGUCAUUUUUACUUCCAUAACUUUAAUACAAAAUAUAAGAUUUCAGAUAAAAUAGAAGUUACCAAAGCAAUUUUAAGUAAGUUGGUUACGGAUGCAGGAGGAGUAGCCCUCAGACGAGCUCCAAACCCAGAGUCGAUACCGGAAGCAGAGAAGUUGGUACCAUACCAUGCUCAGAGGGACGGCAAGCUGUACAACUGUUCACAUUACAUUAUAUACAAGGACAUGUACGAGCCGCUCUACAACAUGGCACAUCUGAAGGUGCUGCCCAUCGGCUGGCUCAUUGAGUGCAUUGAGAAAUACCAGCUCUGUGAACCUUGGUGAAGAGAAAUGGGCAUUAUUCUUCUUCUUCCUUGCCUUAUCCCUUCAUUUGGGGUCGGCUCUCCUCGUCCUUAGGCGCCAGGACCACCUGUCCUGGGUUGUCUCUGUGUUCAGCUGUGCCCGUUCCAGAUCUUUGGCUACGGUUGUCCACCACGUAGCUAGCGGGCGCCCUCUUCCUCUUCUCUCUUCCGGGAUAGCCAAGGCCUUUUUGACUGGGUACUCUUCGUCCCUUCUCAUAACAUGGCCAAACCAACGCAUUCGUCUCUCCACCAGCUUAUCCCCUAUGGGUGCGACUUUGAAGGAGCCUAUGACGUAUUCGUUGCGUAUCCUAUCGAGCCUUGUUACGCCGGCCGACCAUCGCAACAUUUUCAUUUCGUUCACGUGCAGUUUAUUUUCGUGAGUCUUUUUCGCAGCCCAACACUCGGAACCAUAUAGCAUGGCUGGUCUAACCGCUGUUUUAUAGACUUUACCCUUAAGUUUGAUUGGCAUACUGUUGUCGCAGAGUACUCCUGACAGAGUUCUCCAUCCAUCCAGAAAUGGGCAU